AUGUUUGGAUCAUCAUCAUCAUACUCAUCAAUCCCUAAACAAGGAAUUAGUGGUGCCUCAACCGUUUCAUUCAACAAUGUUACUUCCAAAUACACUAUCAACUUUGAUGGAAAAGCAAUUGAAACCACAGUCACCGACAUAUCCACCAUUGUAGAUCGGUGGGUUAAAGAAAUCAUCAUUUUGUAUGCAGGAAAAUCAUUCGUCGUAGUCGGCUUAGAUGUUAAAUGGAGGCCAAAAUUUUCUCGCUACAAGAACAACAAAGCCGCAACAUUGCAACUUUGCGUUGAUGAUAAGUGCCUUAUCUUGCAACUCUUCCACAUUUUGAAGUUGCCACGUUCACUCAAGAACUUCCUCAUGAACCCUACUUUCACUUUUGUGGGUGAUGAGGUUGCUGAUGAUAUUUCUAAGAUUAAAAAUGAGUAUGGUCUUAAUUGUGGUUCUCAUGCUGACAUUAGAAAGCUUUUAAUAAGUAAGAAAUGGCCACUUUGCUAUGGGAUGUCAUGGCUAGGGCUGAAGAAACUUGCUUCGGGUUUGUAUGGUUUGAACAUGUUGAGGCCUUUGCAUAUUUAUGAAAGCGAUUGGAGAUCUAGGUUUUUGAGCAUUGAACAAGUUGAGUAUGCUUGCAUUGAUGCCUACGCUUAUUACAAAAUUGGCCACAAGCUUCUCAAGAAUGGUCGAUCAUGA